UAAUUUUUUUUAAUCAUCAUUUUAAUAUCCAUGGUUUCAACACUUGAGAAGGACUGAUUCAAUUUCGCUGGUGUUUCUUAUUCUGUCCUGGAACGCCAUGUCGUAUAAUUACGUGGUAACAGCGCAGAAACCGACGGCAGUCAAUGCCUGCAUCACCGGCCACUUCACCUCUGCGGAGGACCUGAAUCUGCUCAUAGCUAAAAACACACGCCUGGAGAUCUAUGUGGUCACAGCGGAAGGGCUCCGGCCUGUCAAAGAGGUGGGCAUGUACGGCAAGAUCGCCGUCAUGGAGCUCUUCAGGCCAAAGGGGGAAAGCAAGGACCUGCUGUUCAUUCUCACUGCCAAAUACAACGCCUGCAUCCUGGAGUACAAACAGAACGGGGAGAGCAUCGACAUCAUCACUCGCGCCCACGGCAACGUGCAGGACCGCAUCGGGCGACCCUCGGAGACGGGCAUCAUCGGCAUUGUAGACCCUGAGUGCCGCAUGAUCGGCCUGCGGCUUUACGACGGCCUAUUCAAGGUGAUCCCGUUGGACCGGGAGAACCGAGAACUCAAGGCCUUCAACAUCCGCCUGGAGGAGCUGCAGGUCAUCGACGUCCACUUCCUGUAUGGCUGUCAGGCGCCCACAGUCUGCUUCAUCUAUCAGGACCCUCAAGGACGGCAUGUAAAGACCUACGAGGUGUCGCUGAGGGAGAAGGAGUUCAACAAGGGGCCGUGGAAACAGGAGAACGUGGAGGCGGAGGCUUCUAUGGUUAUCCCAGUCCCAGAACCAUUUGGGGGGGCUAUAAUCAUUGGACAAGAAUCCAUCACCUACCACAACGGGGAUAAAUACUUGGCCAUCGCACCUCCCACCAUCAAGCAAAGCACCAUUGUCUGUCACAACCGUGUGGACCCCAACGGCUCGCGCUACCUGCUGGGGGACAUGGAGGGCCGCCUGUUUAUGCUGCUGCUGGAGAAGGAGGAGCUGAUGGACGGGGCCGUGGUGCUCAAGGACCUCCGCGUCGAGCUGCUUGGAGAGACGUCCAUUGCGGAGUGCUUGACCUACCUGGACAACGGUGUGGUGUUUGUGGGUUCCAGACUGGGCGACUCCCAGUUGGUCAAGCUCAAUGUGGACAGUAACGACUCAGGGUCGUACGUGGCGGUGAUGGAGACCUUCACCAACCUGGGGCCCAUCGUGGACAUGUGUGUGGUGGACCUGGAGAGACAGGGACAGGGCCAGCUGGUCACCUGCUCUGGAGCGUUCAAGGAGGGCUCCCUCAGGAUCAUCCGGAAUGGUAUCGGGAUCCACGAGCACGCCAGCAUUGACCUGCCAGGGAUCAAAGGUUUGUGGCCCCUUCGCUCAGAGGCUGGGAGGGAGACAGACGACAUGCUGGUCCUGUCUUUCGUCGGCCAGACAAGGGUGCUGAUGCUAAACGGGGAGGAGGUGGAGGAGACUGAGCUGCCUGGCUUUGUGGACAACCUGCAGACCUUCUACUGUGGCAACGUGGCCCACCAGCAACUCAUCCAGAUCACGUCAGGCGGUGUGCGUCUGGUAAUGCAGGACAGCAAGGCCCUGGUGUCUGAGUGGAAGGAGCCGCAGGGCCGGAACAUCAGCUUGGCCGCAUGUAACUCCUCCCAGGUGGUGCUGGCCGUGGGCCGCGCCCUCUACUAUCUCCAGAUCCUCUCUGGGGAACUCAAACAGAUCAGCACGGUGGAGAUGGAGCAUGAGGUGGCCUGCCUAGACAUCACGCCCCUGGGGGAGGGCGGAGAGUCGCCCCUCUGUGCCGUGGGCCUAUGGACGGACAUAUCGGCCCGAGUCCUCAAGCUGCCCUGCUUCACCGCCCUGCACAAGGAGAUGCUCGGAGGAGAAAUUAUCCCUCGCUCCAUCCUGAUGACGACGUUCGAGGCCAGCUACUACCUGCUGUGUGCCCUGGGAGACGGAGCGCUCUUCUACUUUGGCCUGGACCUGACUACAGGCGUGCUGAGCGAGCGGAAGAAGGUGACUCUGGGCACCCAGCCCACGGUGCUGAGGACCUUCCGUUCCCUUUCCACCUCCAACGUGUUUGCCUGCUCUGACCGGCCCACCGUCAUCUACUCCUCCAACCACAAGCUGGUCUUCUCCAAUGUCAACCUCAAGGAGGUCAACUACAUGUGUCCGCUCAACUCCGAGGGCUACCCCGACAGUCUGGCGCUGGCCAACAACAGCACUCUCACCAUCGGGACCAUCGACGAGAUCCAGAAGCUCCACAUUCGCACGGUUCCCCUCUACGAGUCUCCCAGGAGGAUCUGUUACCAGGAAGUGUCUCAGUGUUUCGGGGUGCUGUCCAGCCGCGUGGAGAUGCAGGACGCCAGCGGGACCACGGCAGCGGUGCGCCCCAGCGCUAGCACUCAGGCUCUGUCUAGCAGUGUGAGCUCCAGUAAGCUGUUCCCCAGCAGCACCUCCCCACACGAGACCUCCUUCGGGGAGGAGGUGGAGGUGCACAGCCUCCUGGUGGUCGACCAACACACCUUUGAAGUGCUCCACGCCCACCAGUUCCUCCAGAGUGAGUACGCCCUCAGCAUGGUGUCCUGCCGCCUGGGCAGGGACCUCUCGGUCUACUUUAUCGUUGGCACAGCAAUGGUCUACCCAGAGGAGGCGGAGCCCAAGCAAGGCCGCAUCAUCGUCUUCCACUACACUGACGGUAAGCUGCAGACGGUUGCAGAGAAGGAGGUGAAGGGAGCCGUCUACUCCAUGGUGGAGUUCAAUGGCAAACUGCUGGCCAGCAUCAACAGCACAGUGCGUCUGUACGAGUGGACCGCUGAGAAGGAGCUGAGGACCGAGUGUAACCACUACAACAACAUCAUGGCACUCUACCUAAAGACCAAAGGAGACUUCAUCCUGGUGGGAGACCUGAUGAGGUCUGUGCUGCUGCUGGCCUAUAAACCCAUGGAGGGCAACUUUGAGGAGAUUGCCCGUGACUUCAAUCCCAACUGGAUGAGUGCUGUGGAGAUCCUGGACGAUGACAACUUCCUGGGGGCGGAGAAUGCCUUCAACCUCUUUGUGUGUCAAAAAGACAGCGCGGCCACGACAGACGAGGAGCGACAACACCUGCAGGAGGUUGGCGUGUUCCACCUGGGGGAGUUUGUCAACGUCUUCUCCCAUGGGUCACUGGUGCUGCAGAACCUGGGCGAGAGCUCCACCCCCACGCAGGGCUCCGUGCUCUUCGGCACCGUCAACGGCAUGAUCGGUCUUGUGACCUCUCUGUCCGAGGGCUGGUACAGCCUGCUGCUGGACCUGCAGAAUCGACUCAACAAGGUCAUCAAGAGCGUGGGCAAGAUCGAGCACAGCUUCUGGAGGUCCUUCCAUACGGAGCGUAAGACUGAGCAGGCCACGGGCUUCAUCGACGGGGACCUCAUCGAGAGCUUCCUGGACCUGGGCCGCGCCAAGAUGCAAGAGGUGAUCAGCACGCUACAGAUUGACGACGGCAGCGGAAUGAAGCGCGAGGCCACCGUGGAUGAGGUCAUAAAGAUUGUGGAGGAGCUGACAAGGAUCCACUAGCCCCUCCCACUCAGACUCCGGCCAUUACAGAGGGGAGUCGGGUGGAGGGGUGGCUAGGGCUCUGUAAAUACUUAUAAAUAAAUAAAAAGGUGUUUGCAUGACCGUCCUCCGGACUUCAAAUUAAUUGACAAUGUUUUUUAAAUCCGAUCCCGCAUCAAUACUUCACAGGUGCUUGGAUAAACAAAAAUGGUCUGUCGACCAUAACGAUGACAGGCAAAGGGACUGGUUAGAAGGGGUAUGGAAGGGGGGGGGGGAAUCACUGCAGGACGAGGAAAGAUGUCUCAAGGAUUUGACAGGGAUCCACUAAAGUAGGAUAACGAUACCUUCGCUGUUUUGUCAUUGACGUUUCUCCAUGUUUCUUUUAAUAAAGGUUGCUUUAGUACUGUGUA